CUUCUCUGGAGAGAAAAUCUAAUCCACCAAAAAAUUCUCUUUUGAAGUAAAGAAAAUUAUGGUAGAAUUCAGACACAUCCUAAUCCACUUCGACCCUUUUGAGUCGUGACUUGGUACUUUUGUAACUUUUGAGUCGCUAGUUAUUUCAUUCAGAAAACUUACUAGAAUCUCAACUUUCAAUACAACCUAAGCUGAUUUUGAUUUAAUUUCUCGAUUGUUUCUUUUUAGAAUUAAUAAUCAGUUCCCCAAAACUAAUUUUUAGCUGCUUGCGCAAUAAAAGUAAUAUUUCGUGUAAUAAUUGAACAUCAAUUGUGGGAUUUUGUAAAAGUCACACUACAUUGAAUCAUCGGGGACUCAAUUUUCAGUUUCUUCCAAACCUUCAAGUUUAUAAUUUCACCCAAAAUCAAAAGGUCUAGUACAAAAGCAGAGAUAAGAAAAAGCUACCUAUACAUAUAUAGUAAUUGGUACAUAGCUGUCAGUGAGAGAGUCGUGAACACGCAAUAAUACUCCUCAAAAGAAACACUAACCCAACUCAAAAUCCCUCUUCUUUUUGCAUAUAAAAAUAGCAUAUUUGUCCAUAUAAUUGACUGGCAAUUUGACUCCUCUGAGUUGUUCUUGGGUACUAUGGGUUGCGCUGGAUCCUCACCUUCCAAAGGAGAUGGAUAUGGGUGUGACAAUGAAGAAUAGUUGGAGAAAAUAUUGUGGUAAAAACGGCUUCCGAAUAUGUGUUUACAGAAUGUUAUAUUGAAGUGCACAGGAUUGUUUAGUGCUGAAACUGUUAAGAAGAUACGAAAACCAAAGCUAUGGAAACACUCAGAACCAAUAACAAGAGCUCAGCUUGUGCAGAUGCGUGAUGAAUUCUGGGACACUGCGCCACACUAUGGGGGACGAAAAGAGAUCUGGGAUGCGCUACGUGCUGCUGCAGAGGCAGACGUAAGCCUUGCACAAGCAAUCGUGGACAGUGCUGGAAUAAUUGUUCAAGCCCCUGAUUUAACUGUCUGCUAUGAUGAGAGAGGUGCCAAGUAUGAGUUGCCCAAAUAUGUUUUGAGCGAACCAACAAAUUUGACUGGUGAAAACUGAUAAGGCAAUAUAAUCAAGUUCCAUGCUUCAUUGACUGUAAAUGGUGUAAAUUGCUCUCACAAGUCUAUUCUCUCAAAGAUUCAUUUCGUUUUAUGCAUUAUGGUCCCCAUUUCAAAGUAUCAAGAAUCCAUCUCGCCACAACAGCAACCAUGCACCAAUGGUAUAUUUUUUGGACAUAAUAUCUCUAGCUGAAGAGGCCUUAGUAUAAGUUUCAAUUUCAUCAAGUACAUUUGUCUAAAAAAAUUCUCUUCCAGGAGGUGCUCUUUUUGACUUGUUGGCAAAGCAAAUGAGCCAGCCUUUAUUGUAUACUCUUUUAGUCAUUACGCUACACUGUUAUAUUCACGAUACGGCGAUAAGCGGUUCAGAUUAAUAUUCUAUAUUCCUGAUUAAGGGGUUUACAUGUAUUAAUGCUACAGAAUUUGUCAAUUUUGAGUCUAGCGAUCUACAUGUGCACUUGUGUUGUCGAUUUCCUUAUCAUUAUUCAACUCAUAAGUCUAUCCAAUUCUGCAAAUUAUGAUUCUAA